GAAGUGGGUUGAAUGUGUCACAUGUCAAUGGACUAAAAUGUCAUUAUCAAUAUUUGUUAAGUAGAAACAAAAUAAUUUUUCUAACUUUACAAUGUCUGAUAAAAAGGAAUCAAAGGAAGAAAAGAAACCUAUAGUCAUAAAAAAUGCUACAGACUUGCAAAGAUUAAAACUGGAAAAGCUUAUGAAGAAUCCAGACAAACCAGCGGUUAUACCUGAACCACCUAGACAAAAAACGUUAGCACCUCCUCCGGACUUUGUGCGCAAUGUUAUGGGCUCCAGUGCAGGAGCUGGUUCUGGAGAGUUUCAUGUAUACAGACAUUUACGACGAAAGGAAUAUGCUAGACAAAAGUUUAUACAAGAAAAAAGUGAAAAGGAAAAACUUGAUGAUGAAUACCAUAGGAAAAUCGAAGAAAAUAGGAAAGCUGCAGAAGAAAAAACAGCAAAGAAAAGAGCAAAAAGAUUAAAGAAAAAACAAAAAGCAAAGUCAAAAAUGAAGAAACCAAAGACUGGUACCGAACAAUCCUCACAGUCAGAGUCUGAUAAAAAUUCUGAUGAAAGCGAAGAAGAGAACAAUGAAAAUAUAAGUAGCGAUAAUGAUAAAUCUUAACAUAGGUUAAUAGUACAUAAGCUUAAAUAUAUAAUUAAAAUAAAGUCUUUGUUAAUACUUCACUUUUUUAAAAACAAAAUACAUAAGAUCUUUUGCUGAAGCAUUAGGGUCUAUUUUAUCCUCCAGGUCAAUUUAAAUGU